AAAGCGGAACGGGCCGUUACUCGGUUGCUGAAACUCUACAACUGCGGCGGACAGCAGCAAUGGCCAGAGAGCGAUGGUCGCCGUGCUGAAGCCUUCCUGCCCCGUCCAAAGUUUGUCCUUGACUCGGUCCGCUGGUAGGAACGGCCACCGGAUAGAGAGGCUCCGUUUGGACCGGGAUGAUCUCCAACUGCGCGGCGGGUGGAAGCGUUGGGGGGCGACCGUAGGAUGAGCUGCCCCCAAAGCCACGGAGUCGGCGGCGACUGACGCACACUGCCACCUAAACAGCAGUCAAUGCAGUCUUCCAGAGGCACUCCCCCCCCCGUGGCCUGGAAAGCAGCAGCAUGUCCCGCAUCUCCUCCACCCCCAAACGCUAUGCAGGCUCCUCCUACACCAGCCACUACAGCUCCUACGGCUCCUCCGUGACCCCGGGCCUUAGCUCCUACGGCGAGCGGGACCGACUGUCCUCCUACAAGUCUCCCACCUCCUCGUCCUCCUCAGGAUACACAUCCAGCUACCUGAGCAGCUCCACCUUCCGCGACCGUAACUACAGUGCCUCCUCGGAGCCUGACAGAGACCGGGGCCGAACCAUCCCACGUACCGACAUCCUCGGGAGCAGCAGCAGCUACAGACGGAGCGAGAGCCUCAGCCGAACCCCCGCCAGGAGCUAUGGAGCUCCAGGGCUGAGCGGGGGGUCGGCCUACUCAGGCUACAGCUAUACUUCGUCCUUAGCCCCGUCCAGCUACCUCGCUUCUUCACCGGCAGCCUCUAGCAUCUCACUGAACAGAAGAAAAUCUGUUUCCCAGAGUGACCUGAGCAGAGACUUGUCCUCUCUGAGCCUCAGCAAUGCUUCCUCCUCCACCCCGUCCUCCUCCACCAGUGCCCUGCAGAGCUACCGCAGUCGUACUAAGGAGGCGGCGGGGUCGUACGACGCAGGCUCCAGACCGGGCUGCUCCAACCUGCCUCGGAGUUCCACCCAGGAGGCCUUCAGCAGCAGCAGCAGAGUCAGCAGCUCCUCCCUAUGGGAACCCAGCAGCAGCAGCCUGUCCGACAGCGCCAGCAGAAAGCCCACAAAUUCAAAGAGCGCCCAGGGUCUGGUAGGACUGAAGAACUUAGGAAAUACUUGUUUCAUGAACAGCAUCCUGCAGUGUCUGAGCAACACACAGAGCCUGCGUGACUACUGCCUGCACAACUCGCACCGCAGAGACCUUAAUAACAACAGCCGCACCAACACAGCCCUCAUGGAAGAGUUUGCAAAGCUGAUCCAGACCGUGUGGACGUCGACCAGCAGCGAGGCCGUCAGCCCGUCCGAAUUCAAAACGCAGAUCCAGAGAUACGCUCCCAGAUUCGUGGGAUACAACCAACAGGAUGCCCAGGAGUUCCUGCGCUUCCUGCUGGACGGCCUGCAUAACGAGGUCAACAGGGUCACCGUGAGGCCCAGAGGCACCGUGGAGGAUUUCGACCACCUGCCCAUAGACACGCCAUGCUACGCUGCUCUUAGCAGCUACUAUAGGCGUACCAGCUCUGACGGCGCGCCGCCGUUCGACAUCACAGAAAUAAACUCCAUGGAAUUGAGUCUGUUUGGGUUUUCCUGGUAUUUCUCACCUGUUUGGCUCCAUGUUUCCUCUCUGCAGACGUGCUACAGAUGUAAAGCCAGGAGGAGGUGCACCAAGAAGUUCACAAUACAGAAGUUCCCCAAGAUCCUGGUGCUCCACCUGAAGCGCUUCUCUGAGGCACGACGAACCAGCAAACUGUCCACCUUCGUUAAUUUCCCCAUGAAGGACCUCGACCUCCGAGAGUUUUCCUCUGAAAACAGCACAAAUGCAGUAUACAACCUUUAUGCAGUGUCCAACCACUCAGGCACCACCAUGGGAGGCCACUACACCGCCUACUGUCGCAACCCCAGCUCAGCAGAGUGGUACACCUUUAAUGACUCCAGGGUAACGCCAAUGUCGUCCAGCCAAGUACGCAGCAGCGACGCCUACGUCUUGUUCUACGAGCUGUCCGCCUCCUCGCGGAUGUGAGGAUCCCUGAUGGACCGACUGCUGCGGCUGACGCACACAUGGAGGGACGGAUGGACCCCAACAUUGGCUCCUAACAGCAGCUGGAGAGCAGGACCCGCGGCCCCUGGGAGGACCAGCGACCCCUGGGAG